CGUCUCCAAGGCUUCCCUUCUCCACAAGCUGAGAAGUUGCUCACUUGCUGGGAAGUCUUCCACUUUGGCAGAAUGCAUCGAUCCUAUCAGCCAAUCUUACCAUGUGGUAAUAAAUACUUACAGCAAAAAUGGGAUGAAACCUACUACGAUGAGCAUAAAAGAAAGGUUCAGUCUGCCAAACCAAUGGUAGAUACAAACAGUCCACACACGUACGUUCAUCUUAACCAAAAACUGAAGAAGCUAAAGCUAGAGGAGGAACGUUUAGCAGUGAUUGAAAGAGACAACCAUUUGCUACUUCAGAAGAUGUCAACCAUCAUGAAAACAAAGGGGAGGGUGGACAAUAAAAAUGAGUAUGAAGCAAAAAGUUUAAAUAAAGAAAAACGGGACAGAGAAUUAUUAAAGGUAUCCAGAGAAAAUCAGACCAUUCUGGACAGGAUAACAAAGUGUGAACCUCAGUAUCAGGUGGAGAAGUGGCAUGAAGAUUGGGUGAAAGCAGAAAAAUACAUGGACAGCAUUGCUAGAUACCCAAGAGGGUGGUGGUGCCUUGCACACCAAGAGAAGAAAUCUGCCAAACAAGUGGAUUCAAGUGAAAGUUCAAUUAGGGAGAAAACAACAAAAAAAGAAAAUGUGGAACAGAAGAGGGCAUCAGGGGUGGACAAAUACAAAAGGAAGAGAAUGGUUACAAAUAGUGAUGGACUAGUUACAAAUAAAGAAGUUGGUGCAAAAUCAAGGGCAACCAAGGGAAAACAGGCAAAGGCUACAAAUGCAGCCAAGGAACUACAUCAACAAGAACCUAAAAAUGAUACUAAUAAACAUGAGUUAGAAGGAAGAGACAGUGACUUUGGAGGUGAUGGAAAAGGACAUGAUGAUUCAGCAGAUGAUGAAGAAGGAAAAGAACAUGCAGCAGAUGAAAAUCCUGCCAAUGAAAAUUAUGAUAAGGAAGCACUAGAGAAAGAAUAUUUAGAAUAUGAUGAGAAUGAAAAUGGAGAUGAUUCUGACAGUGUUGCCAAAUCAGAGAGUAGCAAAUCAACACACAGUGGAGUGACAAAAGAAGAUGAGCAUUCUGAGGAUGAGGACAACUCUGAUGCAGAAUAGAUUUGUUUAGAAUAGGCAUGGACUACCUGUGGCCCUCUAGGUGUUCUUAAACUACAACUUUUUAUGGUGGAAUGCCAGGAGAUGCAGUUCAAAAACAUUAGAAACACAAGUUUCCCAUUCCUGGUAUAGAAAAUGGGAGUAUUUAUUAAAUACACUCAAAUAUAAAAUUAUUUAAUUGCUGAUUUCCCAGCAAUUGUGCCAAAUUAGCACUAAAACUUGAAGAUGUUUCAUUAUCACUUUAACAUGUCAGUCCAAAAUAUCUAACAUACAUUGAAAAUAAUUAAAUUGAUUUUACAUAUAUUUAUGAACAAAUCCCAUUACACUUUACAUGGAUUAUGAAUAGAAGUGCAGAAUAGAACUACACUGAAAUGUUUUUUCAGGAAAUAGAGUGUGUAAUCACCAAUACCUUGGUAAUAAAAUGUAUUUAAAUAAAAUAAGGCAGUUGUCCAUUUUAAUUAAAGUUAAUGGCCUAGGUUAACUAAGGCAUACACUGAACACAUUAUAUGGUUAUGGCUCUUUCCAAAUGGGCGUGUCUGGCACAAGCCAAUACUUCAAUGAAAAAAACACACCAUAUUUUUGCUUGCUGACUGAAAAGUCAUAGAUAUAACCGUGCAACAUAACAAUGAAAAAUACAACAAUCAGACAGAAUAAAGGAUAACACAAAGUUUUAUAAAUGCCAUUUAUUUUCCACUUUUCUUCCAGGGUAAAUAAUUUUACAUAUGAUAAAUAAGCUCCUUAGUAUUACUUAAUAUACUGUAUGAGCAAUUAAAUCAGAAGUACAGACUGUCCUUCAGUGCCAUCUGCUGGGAAACUGUAUAUAUUUCAGAACAUAUAAAACUUCUUAAAGGAACAGUAACAUCAAAAAAUCAAAAGUAUGUUAAAUUAAUUGAAAUAUUUAAUUUAAAUUUAAUAUUGCUUUGAAGCAGUUGUUUUUGGACUCUUCACAUCAGAGCCCUGUAGCUGAUAGCAAGGAUUUAGACGAUUGCAGCUUUACUCAACUACGAUUCUAAGAAUCCCGAAAUUUUGUCCACCUCCAAAUUUAAGUCAAGUUGUGGAAGCUGUGCAUCCAGGAGUAUCUAGCAAAGCUGACAUGCAUUCUCCCAAAAUUUCACCAUAACUAGCCUUUAGCCUGGGUCCUUUCAUUCACUGCUAAGAACAUUCCUACCCAAACUCUAAGGCCAUUCCCACAUUGCCUUGGGUACCAAGGAAACCAUAUUAGAUCAAUUCACUAUAACCUAUACUGUGAUUGUCAUUUAGUAGUCAUGAGUCAUAUGAAGCGGCAUAUUUGUCUAGGAAAAAGGCUGCUGUUCCGUGUGUAAAUUGUAGGAAAAGUCAAAGAAUGCUUGUGGUCUCACACAUUUUUGGGAGUACCCAUGUACAGGUAUGGAAUCAUUCAUCUGGAAACCUGUUAUCCAGAAUCUUUGAAUUACAGGAGUCCAUUUCAAGUAAAUAAUUCUAAUUGUUUUUAAUUAUUUCAUUUUGCUCUGUAUUAAUAAAACAUAACCUUGUACUUGAAGGUAACUAAGCUACAUGCAUAUUAGUGGCUAAACAAUUCUACUGGGUUUAUUUAAUGUUUAAAUUAGUUUUAGUAGUAGACUUAUGGUAUGGAGAUUCAAACACACCAUUUCUGGAAAAUUUCAGGUACCAAGUAUUCUGGAAAAUAGAUGCUAAACUACGUAGUAUAAUGUCUCUAUAAGGGCGUGUCUGAAAUUUUACUGGCAUUUAGGGCCUGAUUUAUGAUUGCUCAAGCUUUUUGGCUCCAGGAACUUUAAGGAAACCCUAUGCGAGUUUCCUAGGGGUUUGAAUUGAAAAAGCUCAGCUAUUUCCAUUAUUUUGCCUGAAAGAGUUUUUGCAACAAAGAUUUUGAUGCCUAAACGUAUUUGGGUUCAGGCCCUUCUUUGGUAUUCAAAAAAGAUUCCUUAUCAGCUGUUUAAUAAUAGGUUUUUCAAAGUUUUUAUCAAAGAUAGGUUACAAAGCAAAGAUACAUACCGUAAUAAAAUGUCAUUUUACACAAUUAUGCAUGAGAACAUCAAU